GAAACAAUGUAUGGAAUCAGUCACGGCGUAAUAUUUUGGUACAAUCCGUAACAGUCUCCGCCUCCCACUGUGAAUGUGUGAGUUCUGACAAGUACGAAAACAAUAUUAAAGGCGGUUUUUAAAAACAUUUUCUAUUGAAUUGCAUGCUGAUGCAAGGAAAACGAAUAGGCGGACUUUUACAAAGUAAUUUUCUCGAUUUCCUUUGGCGUGUGAAGACCAAUUUAGGUCGAUUUUCGUCCUGAAAAUGAACUCCCCGGUGUCAGUGAGCAAUGCGACUCCUACGACAGGUUCACCAGGUAUGGAGACCAUAGUGGCCGUUGCUCUAGGUGCACUCGCGGCAGUCUUCCUCGGAGCUCUAUUUGUCCUCCUUGUUAUAUGCCGAAGACAACGUUGUUAUUAUAAACAAAAGGACUCGCCAGAUAUGAGUUCUGAUUUACUGGAAGGAGAAAGUGUCUCAGGACUUGGUUUGGAUGCGUGGGAAAGUGAAGAAUGGCUCGCGGGGGCCGAUAGGUGGAUCGACGAUGCUACAGGUUUGGCUCCACCUUGCAUAGCGGUUCUUCGCUCCUGUCAUUCCUUGGCAGCUAGUUUGACAGCAAUCGCUGGAACAGUUAACAGUAAUACUGUUCCUCUUGAAAUUGUAGAUGUUGCAAGACGAAUUCCUCCAAGGGUAGACGAUGUCGUUCGCAGUUUGUAUCCUCCUCUGGACGCUCGUUUAUUAGAAGCUAGAGUGGCUGCUCUUGUGCUGGCAGUGACGCAUUUAGCAUUAGUGACAAAACAUGGUGUUCCCAAAAGCCAGGCUCGAAAGUUGGCUUUUAUCGAUCAAGCCCUCCACGAUAUGGAUUCGCACUUAUUAGUUUUACGAAAUGCAGCUUUAGCUCAGGAAGUGGCUUGUUCAAUUCCAGCUUCCACUCCCGUUUGAGAUUUCAAUUCUCGACAACAUUUUUAAGUAAUGGACGAAAUUCAGAAGUUGCUUCUACAAAGGUCAAUUUUCAUUUUAGAGUAUUUUUUAAAAAGCUCAUUCCCAUUACUUCCCAAACAUAGUAGAGAUGUAAAACUUCAUAGAGAUAUUUUAAGGACCUAAGAGUAUUUUUAUAUGAAUCUAUAGAUUUUCGAAGAUGAACAUUUAUACAGUAAUCAUCGGCGAAUCAAAUCAGCAAUGAACAAAACGUAUUUUAUAAUAUUUAUAUUCACUUUUACAGGAUUAGGUAUUAAGUUAAAUGUUAUAUAAUCUGAAACUAUUUCCAAAAUAGUCUAUAUUAUACUUAAAUUUUUUUAUCUGUUUCUGUGAUAAAAGUUACUCUUCAAGAACACGUUUUUAUCGAAAACUAUGUUUUAUAUGUAUAAGAUUAUAAAAGAGGGGGUACAUAAUUAUAAAAUUUUUAAUAGUUGUUUAAAUUUGUCAACGAUCAGUUCCAUGCGAAAAAAGUCCAUAAAAAAUCGCAUCAACAGUUUAUAGAUAAUGAAAAACCCAGGAUCAGAAACUAAAUGACUGAAAUAAUAAAUUCAUUUGUUUAGAAA